AUGGUAAGAUGGGACAGUUGCCUAGAAACUGAAGAGAAUGUGAAUUUUGCCAGAAGAGAUGAACUGAACAUUGAAGAGAGAGAGGAAUCAGAUGGACCCCUGAACUUUGAGCUUGAUGUUUGCCACGAGGAUCCAGAAUAUGAGUCCCCAACUCCCCUGUCACAUGCCCAGGUCAGACUGAUCACCAGCUGGGAAGCAGCAUGGAAUGUAACAAAUGCCAUUCAGAUUUUAAAUUCUUUGGAGAAAAGACCAUCUUUAUGCAGUCUGUUUGCACAGUGUCUUGCACAGUGGGAUUCUGAUCAAGGACUUCCAGGUGUUCCAAUAAUGAAAAAAUUUUCCAAAGGAAUUUUCGUCCUAGGAUUGCCAUAUGCUAUUCUCCACAGUGGAUACAGUGGCCUGUUUCUUAUUGUCUUGGCUGCAGUGUUAUGCUGUUAUACAGGCAAAAUUCUAAUCACUUGCCUGUAUGAAGAAAAUGAAGAUGGGCAGCUCGUAAGAGUGAGGGACACAUAUGAAGACAUUGCAAAUGUGUGCUGUAGAAAGCUAUCUCCAAACUUAGGUGGUAUAGUUGUCAAUGUGACCCAAGUAAUGGAACUGAUCAUGACAUGUAUUUUGUAUCUGGUUGUUAGUGGGAACUUGCUGUUACACAGUUUUCCAUAUGUACCAAUGACUGAGAAAACUUGGUCUGUAAUUGCAUUUAUUACAUUGCUGCCUUGUGUAUUUAUCAAGACUCUCAAAAUUGUUUCCAAACUCAGCCAGCUUUGCUCCUUGGUUCAUUUCAUUAUUCUCUUUGUAGUGAUGACUUACUGUCUCACACAAAUACAUCAGUGGUCCUGGGCAAAAUUCAAACUCUCAAUUGAGUUUGAGGACUUUUUGAUUUCUAUAGGGGUGAUCAUUUUCAGUUACACUUCACAAAUAUUUCUUCCCACACUUGAAGGUAACAUGAGAAAACCAGGGGAAUUUAGGUGCAUGCUGAAUUGGACUCAUUUUUUUGCUUGUGUCUUGAAAACAACCUUUGCCCUGACUGCGUUCUUAACCUGGGGUGAGGAGACAAAGGAAGUUAUUACUGACAACCUGCCAUCAUUUCUUCAAACCCUAGUGAAUUUGUGUCUUUUAACCAAGGCUCUUCUUUCUUACCCUUUGCCCUUUUUUGCAGCCACAGAAAUUGUGUAUGCUUGUAUUUCUAGAGGCAACUAUUCCAAUUACAGUUCUCCACUGUUUGCUCUGGGUCUAAGAGGCUCAUUUCUCCUGUUAACUCUGCUGAUGUCCAUGUUCAUACCACAUUUUGCCCUGCUGAUGGGUUUAACAGGCAGUAUAACAGGUGCUGCUAUGACUUUUCUUCUUCCUUCUCUCUUCCACUUAAAACUUAAAUGGAAAAAACUAUCCUUCUCUGAGAAAUGUGCAGAUAUCUCUGUUUUUAUUUUGGGUUUCCUUUGCAGCCUUGCAGGCAUAGUUUGCUCAAUAAGAGGGCUACUUAAAGUAUUUGGAGAAGGGUAAAAAGAUUUUCAGAAGGCCAAAUAAGGCCCUAAUCUUACAAACACUUUUACCCUGUUAGUCAGUAUAUAACAGAUUUUAUCAAUAAGUAAAAUUAAGCAUAUGCUUAAAUGUUUGUAGGAUCAAGGCAUUAAUUUGUAAAAGUAUGUGGUUCUAACCAAACUGAAAAAUAAUCUUUAUAGCCCAAAUGUACAAAAUGACCCACAUUUAAAAUGUUGGGAGGAAGGAAGUUGUUUGAGAUGGUUCGACAUCAAAAUAAUAUUAAAAUAAUACUAUGUAUUUUUGUUAAUACAAGACAUGCACAUCCUAAAAAGGUUACUGCAAGGGAUACCAAUCUCACCAGAAUGUCUCACAAGGUUAGAUCCUGCUCUUUCUCAAAACUAUGAAAUCUAGCUUAAAGGAUAUGAUAGAGUUUGAGAGAACUGUCAUUGCAAAUUGAUAAAAUGUAAUUUCACAGCAUUGGCAGAAUGUAAUCCAACAUGUGAACAGAACAAAUCAGUGAAUUCCAUAUUAGAUGUAAGACAAGCUCUACUACUUGUUUUUCAAGCAAGUAGGCAAAAAGAGAACUCAGUUUAUAACAGCUUUGAAAGCCUGUUUUUAUCAUGAGUUCAGAUGGGAAUUGUCAAAGUAAAAGGGACAUUCUAACAACUCACAGUCAUGGAAAAGGGAAUUUGUUCUAAAAGAAGCUGUAGCUGAUGACUGCAGCUUUUCUACAAGUAUAAUUCCUAAGAUUCAUGCCCCCGCAAUGCAGUUAUUCUAUUGGUUGGGUUACAACAAGUCUCAUUGGUAGCCGGAAUAAGUUAAUAUGCAGUUCACUUUCCCUCUUAGGCAGGAAAUUUCUUUGAUCUUUUUAUUUUAUCUGAUGAUACUAAAAGCUCAAUGAAGUAAAUCAAGUUCAAUAAACAGACACUCAGUUAACUUUCUAUACAACUUACUGGAUCUUUAGCUUUAAAAGAUAUCAUCUUAAUAAAAAGAUCAGCAUCACAAUGUAUUUCACUUUAGGGAUAAAACAUUAUGACAAGAAGCAAUCUAAUCAGAGUACUUUAAUGAAUACAUAUCAUCUUAUUGUACUAAACUUAUGUUAUGUUAGGUAAUUAAAGUAAUGGUUUGAGAAAGAAAGUCUGCUUUUUCUUUACGAACAAUUUCACACAAUCUUUUACUCUGUUAUAUAAAAAACCUUUGCAAGUCAAUAUGAGACUGGAUCACAGAGUAAAAAGCCCACUAGUAACUGCUUAAGUAAACUAUUUUUCUAUGUAGCAUCUUAGCGUGAAUGUUUCUGUCCUGCAUGAGCAACAGUGACCUCUCAAGGCUUAUGUGCUGAAUGAUAAAUAACAUGCAAUUAAAUUUAAGAGAGUCCUAAUAAGCUUUGUAUGUCACCCUCUUCCUUUCUUUGUCUCUUAAUGUACACUUGUCAUGCAUGGAAUAGUGAUGAAAUCAUUAUUAGAAUUAAUGUAUUAUAUAAUUACAAAUAUAUUAAGAAAACUGAUGAAUUAACUAGUUUUUUAGAACUUGCUUUAUUUCUUUGUUACAAUGGGUCAAAUUCUGCACUUAUCUUAAAUCCACAACAGUUUAAUUCAUUGAUACUGAGAUUUGUACUGGAAUGAAUAGAAAGUAUCCAUUUUUUAAGAAGUCUUUUUAUUUUUGUGUAGAAUGACAAAGACUCAGUGAAGUAGCUGAAAGCCUGUUAUUACCCCUAUGACACGGUCAGAAUGAUAUUAUUACUUGGAUGAUGUCAAUGAAAGGAUGUCAUUACUUAUUGUAUGGAGAAGUUUCACAGAUAAACAAAUAUACAGGAAUAGUCUUUGUUGUAGUUAUUCUAGGUAAAUCUCUGAGGACAAAGAGUGAUAGUCCAAAGAGCUCUAUAAAAAUUCUUUCAGCUAGUUUACUUAACAACUCUCCACAAAUUAUUCACCUUUAUUUUUAUUUUUUUUUCCCCUCUCAUCUCCUAUUCUUAUUUAAUGGCUUUUUUACUCUGACUCUUUAGAAAUUCUUGAAAUUGCUACCCAGGAAGGCUUGGAAAUGGGAUAAGUAGCUUUUUAUAUGGCAAUUUUAGGAAUUCCGUGGCUUAUCAAUGUGAUUUAAAGCUGUCUUUAGGUGGAUUUUUUUCUCUUAGCCUUUUCAGGAAGCCAAUGCCUAUUCCUUUUAAGCCAAAGAUGGUCAUUUCCCCCACAAACAUGUGUCACUUAUGUACAUUUUUUCCUACCAAGGGAGAUGAUUCGAUGAUUCAUGUUUUGUAAGAUGAGUACUUAUCGCCCUUAUUUAAUCAUUUAAUCACUUAACAUUAAGGAGCUGCAGGGACUAUUAUUAAUCUAUUAUUUGACCACUCCUGAAUUAUUCAUUGUAAUAUUUUAUGGUGCUUUAUCAAGUAAAUAUAACUGUAAAUGCACAAAAUUGAAAGGAAUGUCAUCCGAGUGGAAGGCCUUGAGAAGUCACUUAGCACACACCACUAGAAUAAGAGAGGAAGUGUAGUUCAAGAUUCCUUUUUUGUGACCAGCACUCAGCAAUUUUGAAGUGUGUCAUUGUUGUAGGACACAAAAGCUGUAUGAGCUUCCCAUUAAAGCCGUGGCCAGACAUCUUCAGGAGAAACUGUCUUCAGGGGUCAACAAGAUUAAAUGAACCUUCAAACUCAGAAAGGCAAAGAUACACAUACAGCUGAAGCCUGAAUAUACUCAGCACAUGUUAAAGACAAAAGUAAAUACACAUCAUAUAAGGCUGACUCAUUGAAAAUUCAUUUCCUAAAACACACAAAUGCAUAAUUUUAUUUAUAAACUUAUUUCUGAAUUCUUUCCAAAGGCAAAAUUCUAUCAAAAUGUACAUAAAAUAUUUCAAGAAGUCAUAGAAUCACAGAAUAUUUGGGGUUGGAAGGGACUUAAAGACCAUUCAGUUCCAACCCCUCUACUAUGGGUAGGGGCACCUCCACUAGAACAAGGUUUCCCAAAGCCCCAUCCAGCCUGGCCUUGAACACCUCCUGGGAUGUGGGAAUCCACAGCUUCUCAGGGCAACCUGUGCCAGUGCCUCGCCAUUCUUAUACUAAAGAAUUUCUUCCUUGUAUCUCAUCUAAAUCUACCCUCUUUUAGUUUAAAGCCAUUACACCUUGUCCUAUCAUUACACUCCCUGACAAAGAGUCCCUUCCCAGCUUUAGCUUAAAUUUUCAACUGUCCAUAGUAGACAUUAAGUUCCAUCUAUAUAAAUGUCUAGAGAAUCUAGGAAAGACGGAAUUACUAGGAAUUACAAACCAGAAGGCACUGCAUUUAUCUGUAUAAUGACUAUUGGGUGUUUUUGUCACUAAAUUUGUACUACCAAUCAUUAGAACCACUGAAGCUAGAAAAGUAAAAGACUGACUAAACAUUAUUAAUCUAUUAUUUGGUCUCUCCUAGAUUAUUCAUUGUAAUAUUUUAUUGUGUUUUAUCAAAGGUUAUUCCAAAAGGGAAAAAAAAAAAAAAAAAAAAAAAAAAAAGCAGUAGUAAACGUGAGAAAAACAUGCUAAGGAACAAAUUAUAUACUGAAAUAAAGCAUUUACAAACAGUCUUGCCUCAUUUAUUGUGCCAGCAAAGGUAUAAGUAAAGGAUCGUGUUUUCAUUCAGCAAGAAUAUCACAAGCGUUGUUCAAAACGCUUCUCCCAUUUUAUAGGGAUUGCAGUGACAACACCACCAGACUCCAGAUUUGUAGUUCUGGAAGUAGUUAUGCAGAUUCAAGUCAAUCAGAUAACUCUAAAAUUAAAUUGUAGGAUCAACUAACAUAUCUCCUGCAGGUAAGCUGAGGAGCUUCAAGUGUUUAUUUAAGAAAACUUGCAAAAGUUUAAAUCUAAAGUUAGGGUGAAAACCUGUCUCCAACUGUCUCAGUGGAACUAUAAUCAUUGUCUUCAGUGGACCAAGUCUAUAAUGUUUAUAGUCCAUUACCAAUGUUUAAUUCACUUUUACACCAAAGCUUGACUGUCACUUACUUUAUAACUGGAGGUUAUUUUCCACAUUAUCACAUCUUUUAUCUUUUUCCAGUAGUGAGAUAAAUGUUUUCCCUCUUGAUGCUACUGAUAUGUUAGAGAUACAUCAAAAAAGCCAUUGAAAGAAAUUCUUGAGGCUAACACUACUUCAUUAACUCUUCAUCUUUGAUUAUUCACUUCAUUUUUAUUGGAAAGUGAAUUCUGAACUGUGUGUAAGAAAUACACUAUUUCUUACAUUAACUGGCUACUCUAAAAAUAUGGUUGUACAAAACUGAAACAAAUCUGGUAUCCUGUCUAUUUCAUUAUAUCAAGUUUCAAUUUUCAGUAUUUCUUUUCAGAUCUACAAAUUUUUAAAAACUGAUAGCUGAUUUUUACAGCUAAACAUUUGUUCAGUUCUUCUGCAUUAUUAGUAAUAACCUGGAAGAUAGAUUGGUCUUAGAAAAUGUUUAUCUUCCAGAAUUGAGUAGGAAAGGAGAUGUAUCUCGAAAACUAUUUUGCUAGUAUGUUCAGAUUUACUUGUCCCUAGUGUUCACAUGGGAAAUAAAUUCUUGGAAAAAUUAUUGUGUUGUCUAGUAGUUGGUAAUGAAUUUGAGAAUACACAGUUUAGAAAGCACUUAAGCAUUUUCAUCCACUGCUUAAAUAUUUGUCAAGCUGUUGCCACUUUGCAGUUAACUAUUUUUUAUCCUUACGUGGUGCCAUUGUUUUUCUUUAUGCGAUAACCUCUCAAACUUCUAAUAUAUUUGUAUUCACACAAAUAUAUUUCCUGCCUCUUUGAAGGAGGAAAAUACCAAAAUCUCCAUUUUACAGUUGCAAGACCAAUACUCAGAAUGUGGAAGGACACAAAAUGGAGCACCAACAGAAUUUAGGCAGCCAGCACUCUUAAUACUCUUCUCUAUACCACAUCAUUGUCAUCCUCACAGUCAUCACUUUUUUUUUUUUUUUUUUUU